AUGCGUGGUGAUGAUAAUGGACUUUUCAGCGGAACAACUACAAGUCUUGAGUUGUGGGAUCUAGAUGAUGUUGAGAAACAUAAAUGGUUGAAGAAAAUAUAUGUAUUGCCGCCGAUGUGGAAGAAUCUAGUUGCGGAUACAAGGUUGUGCAUUGUCGGAAUGACUAGUAACGGUGAAUUUGUGUUUUCUACAUACGUUUUAUCUGAUCCUUUCUAUAUUUUCUACUACAAUGCGGAGAAGAAUACUAUCGUAAGAGUUACAAUCCAAGGAAUUGGACCCGUUAGUGGUCAAGACAUUUACACUUUUAUAGACCACAUAGAAGAUGUGAAGCGUGUACUUCGUCAAGAUCAUAAUGGUUGUUUCAGCGGAACAACAAGAAGUCUUGAGUUGUGGGUUUUAGAUGAUGUUAAGAAACUGAAAUGGUUGAGGCAAAUCUAUGUAUUGCCGCCUCUGUGGAAGAAUCUUGUUGCAAAUACAAGAUUGAACAUUGUUGGGAUGACUGGUAAUGGUGAAUUUGUGUUUUCUCCGGCUGUUCUACGUGAUCCUUUUUACAUUCUCUACUACAAUGUGGAGAAGAGUACUAUAGUAAGAGUUAUAAUCCAAGGAAUUGGACCCGUUAGUGGUCAAGAGAUUUACACUUUUAUAGACCACGUCGAAGAUUUGAAGCGUAUGUGA